AUGGCGAUGGUUGGGCAGCGUUCUCGCCGUGUUGAAAUCACGGCGGUUCACAUACUCUUAAUACUAGCGGUGGUUCUAAGCGAUCUGUCAAAAUCAGUGGGAGCCGAGAAGUCGGUGUCGGCAUUCGUGCAGAACGCCAUAUUGUCCAACAAGAUUGUCAUCUUCUCCAAGUCCUACUGCCCGUAUUGCUUGCGCUCGAAACGCAUUUUCAGCCAACUUAAGGAACAGCCUUUUGUCGUCGAGCUUGAUCUCAGAGGUAUGUUUUACUUUCUUAUGUCUCCAUUCUAUUUGGAUUUGUUAUAUAAAAAGACAACUUUGUCUUUUAUUUGUGUGUGUGCAGAGGACGGAGAUCAAAUACAAUACGAGCUUCUGGAAUUUGUUGGCCGCCGUACUGUACCCCAAGUUUUUGUUAACGGCAAGCAUAUUGGUGGCUCUGAUGAUCUUGCCGAUUCUGUGGAGAAUGGUCAGUUGCAAAAGCUUCUUGCUGCUAGUUGA